AUGCCGAUGGCAGCUCAGCGGCACGGCCCGGCUUAUGCAAUUACCGCACCUCGCCGGAGGCUGCAGGGGGUGCCUCAGCGCUCUCCUUUUCACCUGCAGAAAAUAGAGGACGGGCAUUUAAACAACUCCCUGGGAUCUCCGGUGCAAGCUGAUGUGUACUUCCCUCGCCUGAUCGUCCCCUUCUGUGGGCACAUCAAAGGAGGAAUGAGGCCGGGAAAGAAGAUCUUAGUUAUGGGCAUAGUGGACCUCAACCCCGAGAGCUUUGGCAUCAGUCUGACUUGUGGGGAGUCAGAAGAUCCUCCUGCGGAUGUAGCCAUAGAACUGAAAGCUGUGUUUACAGAGAGACAGUUUGUCAGAAACUCUUGUGUAGCUGGAGAAUGGGGGGAAGAGCAGUCGUCUAUUCCUUACUUUCCAUUUAUACCGGACCAGCCUUUUAGGGUUGAGAUUCUUUGCGAGCAUCCCCGUUUUAGAAUAUUUGUGGAUGGACAUCAGCUGUUUGAUUUUUACCACCGUAUUGAAACACUGUCAGCAAUUGACACAAUAAAGAUAAAUGGAGAUCUUCAGCUUACAAAACUGGGCUGAGCUUGUUAGGACUGCAGAUUCCAAACCAGCUCAGGUGCCAUCGUCUGUUGGGAGCAGUGACAGCCGGCUCUGGACACAGCUAUGGUAGGAAGGCUGCCCUGUUCCUUUUCCGCAUGCAGUUCUUCACUCCUGUGCCGAUGAACCGGGCUGUUUUUUAUCCUAACGAAGAGCACUGUUGGUUUAUAGACAUUAAGCCGUUUUUCUUGGAUCAAAGUAGCCCACCUGUGCUGGAUAAUCAAAUUGGAAUGGAUUCAGAAAGACUUGCAGUCUCGUUUCAAGUCUCACAGAAAAGGCAAUCUCUGAAAUGCAGCUCUAAAACCGGUUGCUGAACAGUAGUGACGACAAAAACAAGUUUUUCUUUUGCAAGUAUUGUUUCUGCACUGAAGUGGAGUAGUGUAGCACAACAUAGGGCCAUGUGCUGAUGUCCUUACCCAGGGCCUGAGCCUGGUUCCAUGGAAAUCAAUGGCAAGACUCCCACUCACUUUAAUGGGGUACAAUCAAACUGUCUAGUCCUUAGUCAAGCACAAUUCCCACUGAUUUCUAUGGCUUUUUUGCACACACCUUGGGGCUGCCCAUCUGCUGGUGUAAAUCAGCAUUACCUUCAUAGCUUGUAAUGGAAUUUUGCUGAUUUUCCUCAGCCACUGGUUUGGCCCAAGGACUGUGCAAAAACUGACUGAGGGUGUAUCGACACAGCCUGUGUAUUUUAGUCAGGGUAUUUGCAUAGAAUGUAGAUCGUUAUGAGUUUUUGCACAACGUAUUGUUAAUGCAAUUUUUAAAACUUAUCUGUAGUUUAUUUAUUUAUACUCAUUGUAUGUAUUAUUAGUAAAAAUGAACGAUCUUACUGACAAUUAAGAGCAGCAAAGUGUAAACAUUUUGAAUGUACAAAAUGUCUUAGGUUCUUUGGGUAAACUUUACAUAUCGUUCUUGAAAAACCAUGUUUCCUAUCGCACAUUUAGUUACAUUUUAAUGGAGCCCUCUAGGCCCUGGGAAAACGUGGGCAUGGUAGUUGGUGGGGGAGAACUCUGCAUAUUCACUAGAAUCUGUUUUUCAGGGCUUACUAACUUAGCUGCACAGGAUAGGUUUGAGUUAAAGUCGAUCCAUUUUAAAAACUUAAGCAGCAAAUUUGUGGGUUUUCUGUUCUUUCAUAACCUGAGAAGAAGUUAAAUUUGGCAAUCUCUUAGUUCAGGAAGAGAACCAGCCUUUUUCCAAGGGAGAUGGGAAAUUCUUUACACUUGUUUGAGAACAUAUUUGGCCUUUGAUAUGACAAUUAAAACUUGUCUAGACAGCCAAGUUAUUAAUGCUUGAAAAUCAGCUACUGCACAUGAAUAAUAACUUUUCAAGUAGCUUUUUAAAUAGUAGGUAUAGCUGUAUAAACACAGUCAUUGCUCUACACUAUAAAUGAACACAGCCACUUUUCUUGACUUCUUUAGGACUAAAUACACUUUUUUCCUUGGCUGCUCACAGUGGACUUUGGUGGGUCUUCCUGAGUAGUUGUAAUGAUGAUAUAAACAUACAUUUAGGCCAUUUUGAAAACACAUAAUGUAGGGACUAAAACACAGACUAUAAAAACAUCCUUUGUAGCACAGUAUUUAAGAAAAAACAAAAAAAGUAUCUCACACACAGAACUAUGUUAAACCUGCAAUAAAAGUGUGGUUUAAAGCAACCAGAACUGGAAUAUCUAAAGUUAAGGGUAGAAUGCCAAUGCAAAGCCUCAUUUUGUGCUAAUUUGGCCUGCAGUUAAGAAGCCUUAGACGUGCAAGCUGAAAUUCCAACUGUGGCUCUAGUCCAAAGCCUGUUGAGGUCAAUCAGAGUCCUCCAAGCAUAGAAGCCUGAUUCUUAUUUCUUGCAAGUGCAAAUCUCUUCAUAAAGCAGGGGGGGGUUGUUGCUGCUGCUGCUGCAGAUGAAUUAAGAAUCAGGCUGCCACCUAUAAAAUACAAGUUAAAAUUUUAAGUUUUAGCCUUAACAUUCGAUGUUCCCUGACUUUUCUUCCUACUUCCAAAAUAAAAGAGAACUUGUUGUUUUCCAGACGAACUUUUUAUCUGAUGUGUGGCUUUUAAUCUGUACAUCAGAUUCUAUUUGUACUCCAGAUUGAACUGAAAUGUUCCUGUCUUGCUCUGUUUUUACUCUUUUACAUGAUACAUAAUGACUGUGUCAUUUUCCAUUGUAUAAAGAAUGCUGACAGUGUUUCGGUACAAAAUAUAUUCUUAAAAAGUAUGAUAAUAAAAAUCCAAGGGAAAGGUGCUUCUACAUGAGGUAUUUUGGAUUUGUCUCCAGCUUGGAAAUUCCCUGUAAUUCCAAAGCUGAUGCAGGCAGAAGAUGAAUUCUGUUUGGAGAGAAAUUUAACACCCUCGGUGCCUAGUGCUUUCUCCAGCUGGACGUCCAAAGCCAGAUUUGCUGAUGCAGGGCCUUAGCCUGGGCAUGACCCACUGGGCCAGUGGGAAGUGUAAAUUUCACCAUGACCCCACAGUAGCACAAACCCAAAGGGAAUCUCCCUGACAGCCCACACACCAGUAGAGAUUCCCCCUCCAUGCCUUUACUGUAUCCCAGAAAAAGCAUUUUGGCUGCCUUGGAUUUUCGCAGCCCCCACAGUUCUGCUGUCCCGCGGGGGCCUGGCGCAGCACAGUGCCUACACCAGGGAUGCCAAGGUGAACUCAGUGCAAUGUCAGGGGCAUCUCUGGUGGGAGCCAGGGCCUGGUGAUCCUGCCUUGCUCCUGUUCCCACCCGCUGGGCUGGGCGCUCCCAUUUGUUCCUGCCCCAGGAGUUUGCUCUCUGGGGAAAAUGCUCUUUUGACCCUGAUUCUGGUUUUGCCUUUGCAUAACUCCACCACCUGAUCCUGCCCUGUUGUGGUUUCUGAGCCAGGCUUCGAGGCAAGAAUGGCUGUGAAUCCUCUUCUGAUGGGUUAUAGCUUGGCUGAGAGCUCAAGAAAGGGUAGAAAGUCACAGUUAAAGGAAGCUUCCACAUCUAUCUGUCUAUCACCUGAUUGGAAGCCUUUUUAUUUUUCUUUUGCUCUUGGCAGUACCAGGUGAUUUUAGGCAAAAAAAGGAUGGUGGCUGUGUAACCAAGGGCUGUUCCACUCGUGCUUGACUUACACUGGCUGAUCAUGUUAAGAAGCAACUACAGAACAAUUGCAAAUGCAGUGUAAGUCAGAGAGAACUGAGGCCUUAAUUGUUUCUACUCAGUUGGACUUUGGGUCAAAUCCAAAUGUUUCAAAUGGGAGACUGUGCUGCAAAAUUUAUACCUGAAUUUUUCAGUCUCCGCAAUUUAGGGAUUUUACAUAUCUUUGUUUUGGAUGUAAGCCCUAACAGACAUGAAAUAAAGACUGUUUCCAAAUUAGGUUUAUAAAAUGCUCUUCAGUAGGGACAAGUAGUCUGAGCCUCUUGGAAGCUGCAAUUGUUCAGGACUUUAGGAGUGAAUGAACCGGCCUUUGAAAUCUUAUGCU